ACCUCACUUUCAGUCAUGGCCGACGACUACAGGCGACAGGGUUUUGAGUUGGAGAGAAGAAUAUUCGACCUAGACGUAAAAUGCGCCAGUCUUAAAGCUGAGAAACCAGACGAUGAUUACCUGCAGAAUGCAGCCUCCAUACUCGAGAAGUUGAAAAGCUAUUUCAGGCACGGAGGGGAGAGCAGCACUCUGUCCAAGCUGCUCCAGGAUUACACGCAGGUGAUUCUGGACAUCACGUUCUUUGAGGAGAACAGACUGGUCGACCUGGAGUUCCCAGAGGAAUGUUCACCAGGGAAAAUCCAGCAGCUUCUUCAAGAUUUAACUGAACCUGAGGUUUUAGCUGGGAGACUGGCCCCAGGUCAAGAGGUGCAGUCUGUGCUGGGCCUCGAGUUACUUGAAUGCCUUUACUGGAGACGUGGAGCUUUGCUGUACAUGUAUUGCCACACUCUUCACCAGAGAAAACAGUGGAUUAAGAAAAACAAGGACACAUUCCUAAAGUGCAUUCAGGAGGGGGUGCGGUACCUGAUGAGGAUGUUACAAGUGAGGAAUUCUGUGAAACUCAGUGAUGGGGUUGUCCUUCAUGACACUACUACAGCCAACUUCCUCUCUGAAGGUGUCUUCUCAGACACACACCUGUUGACGAUGAUGUACAUUGGAGAGAUGUGUUUCUGGGCUGUGAAGUAUGAAGACUGCAGCGCAGACUCAACAGAACGUAAAGAGGACCGCCUCCAGUUUCGGGACAUUGGCACGCAAAUUCUUAAUAAAUAUGUUACUGCAUGUGAGGGCCCCCUACAGGGCCAGGGCUGGAACACCGAAAACGCUAAAGAAAUCUUGAGUAUUUUACAGUGAAACAGACUGGCUCUGUUUGGUCGUCAGUAUUGAAAUGGUGCCAAACCCCAAAUACUAGAGUGAUUCCAUCAAAGGUGGGGUCCAAGUCUGAGAAAGUCUAACUAAAGGCAUCAAGAGGGAUCAUUUUGUUCAAGUUUAAAAGUUAACGUUUGCCAACAGCCCCAGCCAAAGCAGGAGAAUCAGAGGUGAGAGAGUUUUAACAUUUCAAGAAGGCACUGUGUAAGUUUUUUAUUUGACCUGCCCUGCUGAAAAGGCUACUUACCCUAGUUCCAGACUGUUGAGCAGGGCAUUUGUUUUGCUCUAGGAAUGUGUUUUAAUAACAUAAAUAUUAAUAUAAAAAUGUUAAUAUAAUAUUGACCUUCAUUUUUUAAAGAUUGUUACAAGUUUAAAGAUAAUCCAGCUUGAAAUGAGACAUUGCACAGUAACCUUUUUAUUUAUUGUUUUGUUGCCAUUUUGCUAUGCUUUUAAUAUAUAAUAACUGCAUACAUAUAAUUGUAUGUGUGUGUCUAUGAGAGGCAAAGAAGAAAUGUCUGAAAAGAUCUGAUCUAUUCACACUUUGAAACAUGUCCAUUUUCGUUCAGCUUUGUACAACUCAUUUGUAUUUCCAUCUGAUGCAAUUCCAUCUUCUGUAUUUCCAUUUGCUGUCACUCAAAAGAUUUCUUUUUCUGUUUAACAAAAGAGAGGGUAAUUGUGUUUGUCAUUUUUUAUGUCUUCGUUGACAAUACACGAGACACGUUGCUA